AUGCUUAGCUACUUCGUGUUUCCACUGCUUACUCUAUUAGCUGUUAUUGAUGCACGUAUUGUCGAAGAGCCGUUGACUGAUAAUGAAUGCUCACCGCAAAUGAACAUGCCCUUAAUGGAGGUUGCCGAAAAGAUUUGCGAACUUUGCCACGAGUUUCAUAGCCACGAGGUGCCAAAUAUGCGAGCGGAAUGCAGGUCCGAAUGUUUUUCAACCGACAAAUUCCGAAUGUGUAUGCGAAUGUUCACAAGUGCCCCGAAACGACAUAACAGGCACAGUCGAAGACAUAUAUUCACAAUUUGA